AUGCCAAACAUACUCGGCAUCACUGCUUUCAAGUCUGGUGUAGAGGUACACAAGUGGUGGGAAUGGACACUGGUAGCAAUACUCGCUGCGAGCGCUCUGAUCGGAAUCGUUGCACUCAUUUGGAACUCUUACGAUAGCAUCAAGAAGCUCCUCCAGCACGACUCCGACGAUGACCUUCUACCGCAAUCAGUCCAAGAACGUCUGCUAGUACUAUCCCACACGGCGCAUUGCGUCCGGCCAAAGCAGCCUCUUCCCGCUAAACCGUCCUCGUUUGGCGUAUACCUCGGCCUGCUCAGUCUACCUGUCGUACAGGAAGACAAACAGAUACUGGAGUCAUGGGACAUGGUAGUGCUCGACCUGGGCCAACCCGGUGUCUUGGAGGCGAUCAGCGAUGAGAGCAUCGCUCUUGGACCGCACAUCAUUGCGCGACUAGACCUUCUCAAGAUUCUUCCGUUCGUCGCCAAAGACAACGAAAUAGACAUGUUGAAAGCGAUACACCUUGUCUCACUGUUUCUCAGCGGUGCUGUACGGCGGCCCAACGAACGGAGAUAUUGCACAGGCGUCCUCGUUGCCGGUUGGAGGGACCAAAUCUGUAUUCGCAUGCUCAAUGCCCUCGCCAAAUUAUUUCAUGCCUAUGGCCUGGACGUGUACCUCGAAGUGUCCGGGCCCGACUUCCUCAAUGACGUCGCCAAGCUCAACUUCAAGCUCUUCGAUGGCAUGGUAGUCAGGAAUGGUACAAUAAUGGAGAACGGGGAGCGAAGAGACUACUUUGCGAUGGACAAGAUGAAGACGACUACCAAGGCGUUUGUAUCGCAGGCGUGCUUGAGACCUUUUCUCACGAUGAUGUGGGACACAAUUGACGACGAAGCUGAUUUAUCGCACGCUGUCACAAGGAGAGCACACAUGUGGUGUAGCUACCACGGCGCGAUUCCUUAUUUUUCCCGGCGUUGCGCGUUGACCGACAUUGCCGAGGUGCGCUCUUGCGCGGAACCGUUAGCUGCUUUCCAAUGGCUCAAAGAUCGGAGAGUUAUGAACGUGCACGAGAAGUUUCGAACCACUCGUGUUCUCUCGUCCGAAUUCUCGAGCAUUGUUGAUGACUACUUGCCCCUGCAGCCAAUAUUUCCGCUUCUAGGAACCACGAUAUCCGGCUUAGACAUUUCCGAUGAAUCCGAUGGUGAAGAUAAUUCAAGCUCUUCGACCCUUACCGUCCAGUUUCCUGAGAUUGACGAAAACGGUGCUCUUCUUUCCUUCGAGCCGACGUCUCCUGUGUCGACGGGUUUGAAUUGGAGCACUGCCGUGGAAAAACGUGUCGCGAACCCGUUAUCUUGCUCCUUCGCUGGCACCCUCUAUGGAUCUCUAGGGUGCUUUCCGAUCGGUUUCGACGCCACUCAGGCCGACUUUAAUCAUGUCCUUCGGUCACAGCAGCGCCUACGGAAACUCAAUUUGCUGAGCAGAAUGCCUGCUCAAAAGCUGCAUGAGGUCGCGCAGCGGAUCCUCAGUUACAGCACCUCAGUAUGUCGUUACGUCGACCUGGUCCCGACCGCUCGGGAUAAUCUUUCCACUUUCGCAAAUGCACUCUUGCGAACAAACGAUGAAGCCGACGACUACCAUCAAGUACGCGUGUUCACUGGCCUUGACUCCGGUUUUCAUACCCCAUCGGGAAGUCAAUUUUGGGCAGUAUGGGAAGCUGAGCAAAGAACCUUCACUCAAAUUAUAUACUUAUCAAAAUCAGUGCAGGACAUCGCUGGGGCUCUGUUACACACCUACUUGAGCAAAUCGAGCUUUACGAGAUAUCAGUGUUUCCUCUUGGAGUACGGACUAAGCGAGCAUGAGAGUACGACUGGUCAAAUCAAAAAGCUUCCGCGUCGAAUAGAGCAGGAUCUGUCCCUUUUGUCAUCUUCGGAUCUCCUUAUCUACAUGCAGCACCUUCAACACACAGAAUGGGACGAGUCUUGUCCGUUACUUUCGUCAAUACGCAACCACUGCCAGGAACUGCUCAUCGAUGUCCCGACAUAUCGGCAACUCAAAAAACUCAGCAACAUGGAUUACAUCAGCGGAGCGAUAACAGACGAGCAACUUGUGCAUGCUCGUAUCAAAUGGUACCGGCUUUGUCGCCUGCCCUGUCUCGACCGUACUGAGGCAUUGUCGCUCUUUCGACACAUCGACGCGAACUUCCGCAACACGCUAUGGUGGCGCGACCACAACGGUCUCGACACCAUCACAGCCGCGAUUGAAAAGCUGACGGCUCGGGAAGACGUCGAUUCGGUGACGGAUUUCGUUCUGUUCUGCAUCUUCUGCGCAGCCAGAAAAGCCGGAUUCGAAGAGGUUUACAUUGAGGUUUCAGAUCGCAACCCCCUGUUCAACCAGUACUCUGACCAGAGCGCUGCAUUUGCAGAGCUUUUUGCUUUGGGGUCCCGGUGCGAGGCUUACUUCGACAUUAUGCCAAGCGAUAUUGGUAUAUUGCUCUCGAAGAAGCAUCGAGAUUAUUACAACGAGCCUGGGCACCAGCCUCCGAUGUGGAUAUUUAAUGCGCCGUCCUUCGCCUCCGCAUACGCUGCAGCUCAAACAGAUAUCGAUCCUGAUCAGAAAGCCUCAGUCAUGCCAGGCUAUCGUCGCUUCACGUUCCUUAGCGUAUUCGCUAUCCCAGCCCUUGUUGACAUUCUACUCUUGUCUACCACGGGACAUGGACUUUACCUCAGUGCCAAAAUGCUUCCGGAAGAAUCCAAAUAUGCUACAUACGCACUAAUGACUUCGCUGUUACUAUCAGGAGCAAUUGGAACAUGGAUCUCGAUCGGGGGCACCUACUACCUUAUCUCAAUGGCUUUCUCUGCUGCGAACAUGUUCGUUUUGACCCGCCUGAUCGGUGGUCUCGCCUUCACCAUUGCUGCGAGCCUUGUCGGAUUCAUUGUCAUUUCUGCCGUGGAUGGCCCUCGGCUUGGGGCAAUAUACUUUUUCUACUUGGUUGGUCUGACCUCGUAUCUCUCUGUAUUGGCGGUUCUCUCCACGUAUCAGAUACCAGGAUCUUCAUUCCUCAACGGUCGCCGAGUUAUCAUUGCUGUGGUCCCCACACUAAUAAUAUCGCCAAUCAUUACGAUUUGGGUCGAGGGAUACGACAUCAUCAUAUAUCCGUGUAUCCUAUUUGUCUUUGUAUCUUUGCUUUUACUGGGUACACGGCAUGUCGCAACGCAAUGGGUGACAUGGUACCACGAUAUCAAGACACUCAAUGACUCCGAUGUGAAAGACUGGUAUGUGCAGACAAUAUGGCUUACAAUGCGGCGUAGCAAAUAUACUGAUACCAUUUCAGCGAAGCGUUUCAGCAAAGGUCCUCGGACUUCAACGGCUCUGCCCUCAUCACUCGCACAGUCUUCCGAGACCGCGACUGAUCCAUCUGAGCUAUUUCAUGGUCUCAGUGAACCAGCUAUUCUCGCGUUGUGUCGCUCAGAGCUAUACAACGCGGUGAUGAAGGAGAAGAAACGCCAUUUCUGGAGCAGGCCUACUGAAGACGUGUUCGUCAGACAGCUCGCGGAGUGCUGGGAGUCCACUCUCUUCCUACUAGAUUGGUAUUGUCGACUCACCGAUACGAAACGGCCUAUUCCUUAUAGUUCUACCUGGAAUCUUGAGACGCAGGUCGCUCUGGAAAGCAUGCAACAGUCACAGAAAGGCAUACGCCUGCACAACUCAUUCAUUCACUGGCGGAAUGCUGGCGAUGAAGUAGGCUGUGGCAUCCUGUACUUUCUCACGGCGCUGAUGGAUCGCUGGCUUGAUCUACUCAAUGGUGUUCCCAAUUACGGCUUAGGCAUAGCGGGGAACGAAACACUCCGUCUAUCCGUAGGCUUCGGAUUGGCGUAUUACCUCAUCGGUGCCGUGCUUCUCGACUAUAAAGCCCAACAUUUGCAUCAACUGUCGGAGCAGAUGGCGCCAGUGUCGAUCGAAAACAUCUCCCAUAUAAGGAACGCCAAAUCCAAUGAUAUGAAAUUUCGGCGGCAUUUAUACUGGAACACGCUCUGUCACUUCAUCGGUGUGCACGUCUGGGCCUUGGCGGUGAGCGUUGCACUCGUUUGGAUAUUCAACAGCUCUCCCUUUGGCACCGUCAUAUUCUUGGCUUACGUGGGAUCGUACAGCGGGUUGUUGCUGUACCAGUACAACAAGAUCUUUUCCGGCCCACACGCCCUGAUGCCUCUUUUGUCCGCUGUCAUUCUUGGAUUUCUCCUCGGAAGCCUUCUCAGAAAAGCGAACCCAGAUUAUCAAUACAACAACGUCAUUGCCCUAGCCGCAGCAACGUGGACUGCAGCUUUGCUUUCCUUCCGCACAGCCAAACUCGGUCUUCCGGAAGCCUUCGACAUCAAGAUGCUGAUAGCCGAGAAGCUACAAAGGUUCCAACGCCGACCAAAGCUUCCAAACGACUCAUCCGAUUCCGUACAUAUCCGUGGUCUUCCCUCUCGGUAUCGCAUCCACUGGUCAAGCGCAGAGAAGUUCCAUGCCUACAAUGGCACUGGUGUGAAUGCUGAAUGGAGUCAGAGCGAGCUUCAAGCGUUUGUUGGCAAGCUUCGUGCUGCUCCAAAAGAGGAUCGGUAUAGAGUUCUACCGUACGGUCAUCCCGGGGAUCAGGUUACCGCCAUCCUGCUAUCGUGUACCCACGAGUCACUCUCGCGGCUAGCGUUGCAAGCAUAUCCUACAAUGCCGUUCCUUGUCCAGAGGAUCGUUCUUGCGUGGCAAAACGGACUCAUCAAAGUAUUCAUUGUCCCCAUGCAGUCGGUCACGGACGACAAGACCGAUCUUCGAGCCAUUUCGCAAUACUCAGACGGGCGCCUGACUUUAUUCGUCGCUUCCGACUCGAAAGGAACCACAUCGGCAGAGAUGAACAUAAGCAGCAACUCCCACGUGAUUGCCGAAACACUGCUGCACGCAUGCGCUGAAACCAUGUUUGGUAUGCCACAUCAUCAAGCUGAUAUCACCGAGUCAAUGCUAGUGUGUCGACCUGUAGGGGACGAACCGUACACCGUCUCCGAAUGCAGCAAACGCUCGAUGCCUUCCAAGUCGGACGGCCCCGAAGCCAUGGCGUUCGAGACCCUAUGCAGGAAGGAGCUCUUGUGCAACCUUUGUCUUGGACACGACCCUGACACGCAAUGGGAUGUUCUGCCUCUCGACAUACGGAGAAUGUUUCUGCGGCGGUGUCUUGGAGCCCGCGGACCAUACACUAACACAGAGAUGUCCUGGAUUCUCUCUAACAUCGAGGCCGAAGAGGCUUGCACAAUCCUCUCGCGACUUGCGAGGUACGAUCUCGGAGCAUUUUUGUCCGUGCACAAGUACAACUACUUCAAAAGCCGUGGCGAUCAAGCGCUCAACGAAAAGGAGUACCGGCAGAUCACUGCGGAUAUCCAAGAGGCUCACCAUCCCAUUCUCAACCGCUCCACAACCAUGAUCUUCAGCGAUUACACUGCACGGAUCAAAGCGCCUUUCGAAUAUGUAUAUCACUCGAUUGGUACCUGGAUUAAGUUCUUUGUACUAGCGACUAUGGCAGACCCGGAGUAUCAACGCGAGUUGAAUUGCGCACUGAGUAGAACACCAAGAUUCAUUGCGAAGCCAGCAACCUUUUUACUAACAGGGAUCUGGAUAUACAGUCGAGCGGCGAUGUCGAUCGCACUUCCAUUUUUCCUCUACCACAAUCGAAAGGAUAUCUCCGAUCUCGCUAGCACUGUUAAAGGUAGCCUGCUGUCACAGAAGAAGGACAGGCUUGUCAUUCGCAGCUACGGAGAGACAGAGACGGCAUUCUUCCAUGCUCUUGAAGGCCAUGGCUUCAAGCUCGUCUUCUACCAAGGCAUUCUGAAGCAAGAGCCUACUUGGGGCCACACACGUGUCUCGGAAUACGGCAAAGACAUGCGCAUAACCAAUCGCAAAGAGUACAAGAAUGGAAAUGUUACGAACGAGUUCACAUACGAGUACCCAGCAAGACCUGUUUCUCGGUUCGGAAGAAUCACAAAGCUCCACAGCGCGAGGCUACCACUCGCACGAAACUGCCUUCAGGGCAGUGAUGACAGUGCCAAAGUGCAGUACAAUACCAAGGGCCACAUUGAGUCCGGAAGCUACAUGCAACAUGGCAAUUUAGUCCGCUUCAAGUAUCAUUACCGGAAGAAUGCGAAGUAUGACGACGAAUUGCUCAGAGCAGAAUUCGUGCUCCCACACAUGUCUGUCAACGUUAGUUGGUGUGCGCCUCCGGUACGUCAUGCAGAGAAGAUGGAGCGAUGGAUUCCGACACCUCGUGUUCAUGAAGCGACCUUUGUGCAGGGGGCCGACGUUUACGAGUGUUCUUGGUUGUACGAUCACAAGUUCCACCCAGUCAUCUCAACCAAGCUCAACGGAGAGACUGUAGACACGCCUGAUAUGAUACGUCAUGAUUGGUUAGGUGUCUUGAAGAAGCCUACGCGUUGCAACUUUAUGGACGAGAAUCCACUCUUGGACUUCAAGGCGCCAACGUCCAGCUUCCUGAGCCGCCUCUUCCGAACCAACAUCAAACGACAAGAGAUCUCGACCUCUCGAGCACGUUCUCAGCUCUGGAAAGCGUGGAAGAAGCGACUUGAUCUUGACGGCGUGGUUGUUCGCUUUGUCGAUGAGGAACUUGUCCGCAAGGCGACGCUUUUGCGGCCUUAUUGGCGCCGGCGUGACCGUGGAAGUCUCAUGAAAGCUGAAGAUUACCUAGCACUGCACGCCGAUGCGAUUAUGGCAAGUGCAGAUCUCACCAGCGACAUCAGUGCCUGGACCCCACUUGCCAUUCGAAUGAGCGACCUCUUUAGCUUUGGACAGGGCGGUGACGCGGUUAUCUUCACGCGCACGAAAACGCUCCAACGAGAUACAGAAAACAACCUUCACGUCAUUGCUGUUGAUACGGGGACCUGGCCUAAUGAGGGUGGUGGCGUUUCUGCUUGUCGUCGCGACUUGAUCAAUAAUCUUCGUACCAUUAAGUGGCACAUGGUGGUUGAGUCUGCCAACGACUUUGGUCUUCCGAAGCACCAGACGGAAGAGAACGUCGAGUCGCUAAAGAUCAUUCCACUUUGGGGCCUUGACUUCCUCCACCCCUCACACGGCAUGUUCACGAACAAGCUGGACAGCGAAGUUGACCAUCUGGUCAAGGACGCAACGAUUAACGACAUCAAAGUGAACUUCAUUCCAACGUUGACUGCGCUGGUCCGUGGGGCGCGCUCGGUCAAUAUGACUGCAGCGGAUGUCAAGCAAGCUACACGAGCGUUGGUCAAUCUCAAUACUUACUUUGAGGAUUCCCGCCAUUGGAAGGAGGUCUGGACAAGCGAGAUUGUCAAAGAUACUUGGAGGAAGUUGUGGCUAGCGGACGAUAUGCCGAACGCGCAGCCACCUUCCGAGUGGUUCCGCACCGAGCUGCCUACGCUUGGGCAUCUCGACACUGCUCUGGAGCUGUGGUUCAGAUAUCUUUUCAUCUUCUCGAUUCCUAUCCCCGAGAAGAUUCCGAGCGUUUUCCAGGCCUCGCAUCACAGCGUGUCAGCAUCCUACGGAAUCGUUUGCAAGCUGAAGAGGAACUGUACCCUUCAGAUCUGGGAUCAUGCCAUCUCCUGGCGUGAGACGAACCUCUACCUUUCCUCCGCUAUGUGUACCUUGCCGCCAUUCAUCCGAAACUCCCUGCUUGGCCUGAUGAAAUUGACCUCGUGUCUGAUUCUGCAUCACGCUGAUCAAAUUCUCCCUUGUGCAGACUUCUUCAAUCCUGGGUGGGAGGUUGAAAUUGGCUCUUCUAAGGGUCAACUGACCCACCGAAACGUCUUCCGACGGAAGGUCGAUCCGAUUGUAAAUGGCAUACCCGAUAUGACGAAGUUCGCUCCUGUGACCGAAAUCAAAACGAAGUCACCCACUGUUACUAUGCUUUCCCACGUGUGGUUUGCAAAAGACAUCAAGAACGCACUCCUUGCCGCCGACAUCAUCUCCAACGAGUGGGGCUUCAAAGACUACAAGCUCGACAUCUAUGGUGCACUGAACAAAUCCCCCGUCUAUUCAUCGGAGUGUCAAGAAAUCCUUGCUUGCAAAGGUCUGGGAGAGAGUUGCACUCUUCGAGGAACGGCAGACCCUGCCAUGGUGCUAGCCAAUAGUUGGCUCUUCCUUAACUCCUCUGUCUCUGAAGGUCUGCCCCUGGCGCUUGGCGAAGCUGCACUGACCGGUGCACCUGUUGUCUGCACAGAUGUCGGUGCUUCGCUACGUGUACUCACGGACCCCGAUGACGGCAAGCGCUAUAGCGAAGUCGUUGCGCCGAACGACGCAUACGGACUUGCACGCGCACAAAUCAACCUCCUCGCUAUGCUCGACGAAUGGGCGCAAUAUGCAGAGGACUCUCCAGACAAACCGGCGCCAAUUCUACCACAUAAGCCAACAGCCCAAGAUGUGGAGAUCAUCACCCGCCGCAUGUACGAGAAGACCGAACAGCGCCGUAAACUCGGUAUGAUGGCCCGCACGAUUGUGCAAAAGUCUUUCGGUGGCGAACGCUACCUCCGUGAACACGAGCAGAUGCUCUGGGUCGGCAAAGCCUGUUACGAAAUGCUCGGGCUCGAGAAGCGCAUUCCUCCUCCACCGAAGCACCCCGGCCGUAUGCUCUCGCUCAAGCGCAAGUCUCGCCAACCUCAGUACACAGACACCGCCUCAAGCAACGUCAUUGACCCCCAACUCGAGAAAAUGCAACACCCCCGGCCUCCGCUCGCACGCCAGUUCUCCGCCGCCACGUCGUUCUCUUCGAUCUACAUCGACGAGCCUGCCAGCCCAUCGGACGCCAUGUACCGCGAAGACUCUUGGGGCCCCGUCACACCGGAUUCGUCCUUCUACCCCAAGUCUAACGCCUCCACCAAUGACUCAAACUUCAAUUACUCUGCGCACAUUCCACCCCCGCCACGCAUGUACGCGCGAACACAAGCGUCAAACCCUUCACCUGCAAGCUCUGCCGUCGCUAUCGGGAAACGGCCUGUGCAGUACGGCUAUGGCUACGGGCAUGCAGGUGGCUUCAAGCAUGUUCCUGCCGCAGUGCCGAGAAUGGAUCCGCGGAGGAGCGCGCUGUUGAGGCAGAGUAUGGUGAGUGGGAGUGCAAGGAGUAGUGUCCGGAUAAGAAGUCAUCUGAACGAGGUUGAGGUGGCGGACUAUCCGAUGGAGGGGUAUGGGAAUGUGGUUGAGGUGAAUGGGGGUGUUGGGGGUGAGCUCGGGGGAAGGAUCUGA